UUGUCUUAUUUAAAUUUUUAGUCAUUUCGUCGAACAUAUUGCAGUCAUGGCUCAGCCUCUGCCCUCCGCCGCACUCCACCCCGUCCCGGCGCCCCACCGCCACCCACCCAACUUCACCCAUCACAUCUCCACCGCCACUUCCCUCCCCCACCUCAAGCAAAUCCAAGCUCAAAUCCUCCGCAACUCCCACCACCACCACCACCACAACCACCACCUCUUCCAACUCCUACUCUAUUCCCUCCCCUUCCCUUCCUACGCCCUCUCCUUACUCUCCUUCAUCCCCGCCGACAUCCCUCCGCCGCGCCAGCUCCCCAACAAGAUCCUCAAACACCUCUCCCGCUCGGACAACCCCAACAAGGCGCUCGUGUUUUUCCAAGCGAUGCAGAACAAAUUCUUCCCCAUCGACCGGUUCAGCUUCCCGCCGCUGCUCAAAGCGGCGUCGAGAGCUCUAUCUCUCAGUGAAGGGAAGAUGAUUCACGGCCUGGCCGCGAAGCUUGGCUUCGAAUCCGACCCUUUUGUGCAAACUGCGUUGCUGGGAAUGUACGCCGCUUGUGGGCUUAUCUCGGAGGCCCGUACAGUGUUCGAUAAAAUGCCUCAACGAGAUGUCGUCACUUGGAAUAUCAUGAUUGAUGGAUAUUGUCAAAGCCGGCUUUUUGAUGAUGUCUUAGCCCUCUUGGAAGAGAUGAAGAGCUCUGAUAUAAAACCCGACGCUAGAGUUUUUACUACCAUUCUUGCUGCGUGCAGCCGUGUUGGGAAUUUGGAUAUUGGGAGGCUAGUGCAAGAAUACAUAUCCGAGAGCAACGUCAUAGUUGAUUAUCAGUUGCAGACUGCGCUUUUGAACAUGUAUAUCCACUUCGGCGACAUGGACAAAGCACAGAGUUUCUACGACGAGCUGAAGCCAAAAAAUGUGGUGGCUUCAACUGCCAUGAUCACAGGGUACUCAAAAAAAGGCAAUCUUGAAGCUGCUCGAUUAAUUUUUGAUGAAAUGGUAGACAAAGAUCUGGUGUGUUGGAGCGCCAUGAUUUCUUGUUAUGCGAAUAGUGAUGAGCCUCGUGAAGCUCUUGAUAUAUUUCGUGAAAUGCAGCAACUUGGAGUUAAGCCUGAUCAAGUCACCAUGUUGAGCGUUAUCUCAGCAUGUGCUCGUCUUGGUGCGCUGGAUAAGGCUGAACAAAUCCAUUUGUAUGUGGACGAGAAAGGUUUUGGAACGGCUUUGCCUAUCAAUAAUGCCCUGAUUGAUAUGUAUGCCAAAUGUGGCAGUCUUGACAGAGCGAAGGAAGUUUAUGGCCGUGUGCGUAAGAAAAACGUCAUAUCUUGGACAAGCAUGAUCAAUGCUUUUGCCACACACGGGGAUGUGGACAACGCCCUGAGACAUUUUCGACAGAUGAGAGUUGAAAAUGUGGAACCGAACUGGAUUACGUUUGUGGGUGUUCUGUAUGCUUGUAGUCAUGCAGGACUAGUCGAGGAGGGAGAGAAGUUGUUUGAAUCAAUGGUGAAACAAUAUGGAAUAGCUCCGAGGCUAGAGCAUUAUGGAUGCAUGGUGGACCUCUAUGGUCGAGCUGGUCGUCUCAGAGAUGCUCUGGAGAUAGUCGAGAGUAUGCCAAUGGCUCCAAGCGUUGUCAUCUGGGGAUCAUUGAUGGCUGCCUGCCGUAUACAUGGUGAGUCCGAGUUAGGCGAAUUUGCAGCAAAACGUCUUCUCGAUAUAGAUCCUGAUCACGAUGGAGCCCUUGUGUUUUUAUCAAACAUAUAUGCCAAAGAGAGGAAGUGGGAGAAUGUUGGAGCUGUGAGGAAUGCCAUGAAGCAUAAAGGCGUAUCAAAGGAACGAGGAUGCAGCAUGAUUGAAAUGGAUGGUGAUAUGUACACGUUCCUGACAGCAGACAAGAGCCAUAGACAAACAGAUGAGAUCUACGCCAAGUUAGGCGAGGUGGUUGACAAACUGAGAGAGGUAGGCUACGCUCCAAACACCAACUGCGUUUUGGUGGAUUUGAGCGAAGAUGAAAAGAAAGAGGCCGUUCUUUGGCACAGCGAGAAGCUAGCCUUGUGUUACGGGCUGAUAAGCAGGAAGAAACAAUCCACAAUUCGUAUAAUUAAAAACCUUAGGAUCUGUGAGGACUGCCACGACUUCAUGAAGAUGGCUUCAAAGGUGUUGGAUACAGAAAUCAUUAUCAGAGAUAGAACUAGAUUUCAUCAAUGUAGAGAUGGUGUGUGUUCUUGCAAGGACUACUGGUGACAAAUUGAUUUGUUCCACAACAAGUGAAAAUAAUUAUGGUCACUUCUUUAA